AUGGGCUUUAAGAAGAAGCUGAUGGAGCAGUCUAAGAAGAAAGAAGAGAAUAUGGGUAAUACUUCUGCUUCUGCUGUUGGAACUGUUAAUCGUAUUGAUUUGGAGAAGAAGAAGAUAAUACAACAAGAGAAGAGGCAUAUGGAGGAGCCGUCACACUCUGCUGCGGACAAAUUUAGUGAAACAAACAAGAUGGACAAAGAGGAGAUGAUGCGUACUCUGAAGCUUAAGUAUGACGAAGCCAAAAAGCAACUUCUUAUCCUGGAACGCUUGAUCCCGAAGAUUCUUAAUUCUGAGAGAAAGAAGACUUUGCACCAGUACGUAGAUCUUAUGAAUAAGUCUAUGGAGUUGAGAGGACGUGUCAUCGGGAAGUAUGAGGAAGAAGACUUCCCCCGCCUGUUGGACUCUCUGAAGAAUUUGAAGUCGACGUUCCUUGAUCGGAUUUCGGACGAGAACAAGAUGAUAACAAAAGACAAGAGGAAGAAAUGA